AAUAAUAUGUGCAUUGUGUUACUCAAUACAAACACAAACACCUGAAAUGAAAUCUGACCAGUUAGAUAAACCUGUCUCAGAUAACACCUGAUGUGAUAACAAUACUCAGUAAUUGCUAUCGUACAAACAUCAAAUUUAAUAUAACCGUUAUGUUGUAUUGAAACAGUAGUUUUUAAUAUGUGAUCAACUGAUCAGUUAUUGAACUUCGGAAUUAGACUGCUAAAACUCGAAAACUUCAAAUCACACGAUAUUUUCAACUGUUCUUGCUUUCUAGGAAACUGCAUAAUGCCAUUCCAUCUGGCUGACGUUCAGUCACAAUAUGACAAAGACAAAAAUUUGAAGAAAGAAGAUGUAGAAGCUCUAAUGAAUUGGGCGAAAAAACAAGCACAUUUACCCGAAAUUAAUGAACUCCAAGCAAUUCUCUUCCUACAAAGUUGUUACUACAAGAAUGAAGCGGCUAAGAACGCUAUUGACACAUUCUUCACUACGAAAACCCAGCAUUCCGAACUAUUUAAAGGAAAGAACCCGUCGUCACCGCUCUUAAAAGAGACCAUCGACAACAGUCUUGCUGUCAUUUUGCCAAAGAAGACACCAAAAGGACACACCAUAGUGUUCUUAAAACUAAUGGAAACAAGUACUGAAAAGUUUCAUUUCGUUGAACACAUAAAAAUUUUUGAUAUGGUUUGUAUGUUACAACUGCAUCAAGAAGGUACUUCUGAAGGCUAUAUAAUUGUGGCAGAUCUAAAGGGAGCUGUGUUUGGUCAUUUGACAAGAGUGGCAUUGGCAGGACCUGGAGUGAUUAAAAAAUUUCUUCUUUACUUACAAGAAGCAAUGCCUUUAAGACUGAAGGAACUACACUUUGUGAAUACUGUACCGUUUAUGGAUAAGAUAUUAGCUAUGAUAAAGCCGUUCAUGAAAAUGGAGAUUAUGGAUAUGCUGCAUUUGCACAGUAAUGUCGAUGGGUUAGUAAAAUAUGUUCCAGCAGAGUGCCUCCCGGAAGAUUAUGGGGGGUCUGUUGAAAGCACAACUAUUUUACAUGAGAAGGUUAAGAGACUGUUGUCUGAAAAUGCAGACUUCUUUGACUGGGAAGAUAAGCAGAUAGUCGAUGAAACAAAAAGACAAAAAAAACUAGACAAUUUUAAAAACAAGGGUGGAAUCCAAGGUAGUUUUAAAAAAUUGGAAAUAGAUUAAGGACCAGUUUAGUUGGAUAAAUACUUAUAUAUUUUUUUUA